GUGGGUCUUGUCCUGGCAACGCGUUCCUAGCAACUCGUCGCCAUGGUUACCGCGACGCUCGGUCUGUCAGUGGCGACCAGCUGAUUACCACUACACCCAAACGCGCUGCUGGCUCUUAGGGUGUAUCUGGCUGUGUUUUGGGUGUAGCGAGGUGUGUUCUCUACCCAGACGCUGGUUUCUUGUUGUGUAUCAGAGUGUGUUUCGUAAAGAGUGAUUCCGUCUUAUAAUAAAGAAAAAAAGUAUUUAUCGCUUGAACUUAGACAAAAAACAGUUAAGUGUCAGUCCACCUGAAAAAAAAAUAAUACGAGAUACAAUAAAGAAUAAAGCGCUUGCCGCCUGAGACUCUAAUGUUGUGAGUGGCGCGACAAGAGAGGCCUUCACGAGUUCACUAGCCACGCCUGGAGGAGCUGAGCGAGUCCCGGGCCACCAUGAAGCCAAACAAGAAGAUAAAGGACCUGCAGCUUCUCUCCACCAUCGGAUUCACUGGUAAAAUUGUGGGCGGGCUGCACCUUCAGAAAGAUCGCAGCUUAGUGUAUCCCCUGGGCGUAGGCGUGGGCGUGUGGGACAGAGCAGGGGGCCGCCACGCCAUCCUGCACGGCCACACACGCCCAGUCGUCGCCCUCGCUGUCUCCCGCUCCGGUAAAUUGAUCGUGUCAGCGCAGGACGGUGACCCCGGGUGCCAGGCGCGGGUGGUGGUGUGGCGCUACGAUGAGCGGCAGGAGUGUGGCAGUCACGAGGUGCACAGGGAGGAGGUGGCGGCUGUCGGGGUGUCAGCGGGGGAGGAGUACGUGGCCAGCCUUGGGGGACUCUCCGAUGGGUACCUUGUCCUGUGGCACAUCCCGACGAAGACCCCCGUUUGCAGUGUUCAGGCGGCCGAGCCAGGGAUGGGCGUGGCCUCGCUCCUGUGUAUGGCCCCACACACGCCCACACUCAUGUUGGUGGGGGGACAACGCAUCCUGAAGGCGUGGUCCCUUGAUCCUGCCACUAACAGACUCACACCCACGUCCAUCUCCCUCGGUCUCACUGAGAGGAACUACACCUGCUUGAAAGUGGAUGAGGCUGAGGAGUUUCUGUUCGCGGCCACCACCACCGGGGACGUGGUCAAGGUGCGGCUCAACAAGUCCCCCACGCCAGGCUGCCACCCGUCCCCCGUGCUGGUGUCUGUGAUGGCGCCCCGACCCACCCCCACGCCCGGCGGCCCCAGACUCACGCGCGCCCCCACGCCCGGUCUCCAGGCCAUGGCGGUGCUGCCCAACGGUGAUCUGCUGGUGGGCGACGUGGGCGGUUACGUGCGGGCGUACCGACAACUGCAAGAUGUAACAGAGGAAGGACGGCCAGCGUGCCCAGCGCCACCACGCGCCCAUGGCACUGUUAAGUACACGCACCCAAAGGACCCCACCAGGCCCAUCCUCGUGCAGGUGUGGGCGGUGGAGGUGGGCGCUGCGCUGACUUCCCUCAGUGUGGUGGGGCAGGAGGUGGUGCUGGGGACAGUCUCCUCAGAUAUCUACCAACUCAAGCUAUUCUUUCAACCCCAAGAUCUCAAUCAAACCAAAUGCAACAAGACGCGAGUGGAGUUUCAAGAUCAAACGAAAAACCCAAGAGAAAGAAAAGGUUUUCGAGAGAGAAACGUGACGCAGCGAAAGCAUUCCAACUCCACCCACCCUCGUCAGGGCGCCCUCAAGCUGGACUCUGUGGCACCUGAGCUACACCUGUUAUCAACCUGCCAUUCAGAACCUAUCAAUGACGUCACAUUCCCAAGAGGCGUGGACCAGCUGGUGGUGUGUGGAGGUAUGGGCGGCGUGAGGGUGUGGAACGUGGCUUCCCUACAGGAGUUACUGAGGGUGGAGCUGCCGGGGAUUGUGUGCUACUGCUGCUGUGUGUCUCCCUCCCUGCACACCAUUAUCACAGGGUGGAGUGACGGUCGGCUGCGUGGACUGGGCGCAGAGAGCGGGCGUGUGGUGUGGGUAAUGGAUGACGCCCACCACGCAGGCGUCAACACAAUCUGCGUUCUUAAGAGUGGGAAGCUCGUUUCUGGAGGCCGCGAUGGACGGGUGCGUGUGUGGGCAGUGGAUGGGAGUAGAGUCAACAUGGAGGCCUCACAGAAGGAGCACCGCGGGGAAGUGACGCACCUCGCCCUGGCACCCAUGGAGACUCGGAUCCUGUCCUGCAGCGGAGACGGCUCCUGCAUCCUCUGGAGUCUGCCGGAGCUUGAGCGCAUAUACCGCCUCACAGCCCACACGGUGUUCCUGGGCGGGCAGGUGCUGGCCAGUGGCGAGGUGGUGACAGUGGGCAGUGACGGGUCCGUGAUGGUGUGGGACAGGCAGGAUGGGGUGCUGCUGGCAGAUCUUCCAGCCUCCAGCAAGCCCAUCACCACCGUCACUGCCUCCAGGGAUGACGCCGCCUUGGUCACAGCAGGCGAAGACGCGACCAUCAGGGUCUGGAAUUGGAGCAAGGGUCGGGUCACACAUGAAGGUCAUGGCCACAGUGGGUCCAUCGCCAAGGUGGACCUUUCAUCAGAUGGCAAGGUCCUCGCCUCAGUGGGAGAGGAUGGAGGAAUAUUCUUUUGGAAGAUGCCAGAGAGAAGGUGAUCCAGUGCAGCCUUGGAGUUAAACUGGUGCUCUUGUUCCCUCUUAUCCUCCACAACACAGACAUAAAGCACACCAUGUCCUUAUGCAGGGUAUCUUAUAUAUAUGCACUGACUUACAGGACUUAUAUCUUGUACAUGCAUUGACUGAUGAAGUUGUAUGUGCAAGGAGCAUUCAUAGCUAUAAUGAUAAAUAUGAUAAUUUAACUUUAAAAGAUGGGACAUUGUGAGCUUGACUCAGUCCUGUAAGGAUACAAUUAUGUAAGAACAAUUGGGUAAGAAUACCCACACCUCCUUUCCAGGGAAGCUUCAUUGUGUAUCUUUAUUACUGGAUACAAGGAAAUAUUUCCACCACUGAGCACUGCUGGCCUCGUGACUCUUCCAUGACUCAUUUUGUACGUUUUCAGGAUCAAAAUGAAAGAAUGAAAAAAAAAUGUGAAGUUUUAUUUAGCAAGAAUCCCACAUUAAAGUACAAGUCUGAAUGGAGUAAAGUUUAGGUAAAAGCCACAUAAGGUACUGAAGCAAACCUCCCAAUAGAAUCUUUAAUACAGACAGAACUUUGUAUAUGUAUAUAUCCUGUAAUUGGCAUGAAAAUACAGAGUAAAAGUGUGACAGGCAGUACACUACAGGUUCUCCCUUCACUGUCACAAAUGGUCAACAGUCACACACCACAGCCAAAAACACAUGCGGCUCAACACACUCACCAACACAGGCAACACACUCACGCAUCACUUCACACAGAGGUUCGGCACAGCACUUGUAAGGGACACGCUGCACCUGUGUUGUAAUACUGACACCACGGUGGCUGUGUCCUUGGCAGUAUCAUACAAGUUAAACAUGCUUGGGAGUGGUCAGUUGUAGAUAAGAAGUUACAAAUGCGACUUGAAACAAUAGUUGAGGAAUUGGAAAGUUGUCCACCACUCACAAAGACAAAGUUAUCACACGAGUUACACAGGCUUGAGGAUUAGAGUCAGUUGUGGAUCAGAACAAGACUGGAGACUAUAAUCAACCCAUGAGAAAACUGCCUGCCAUUCAUUACCAGAAGUGAAUAACCAGGAUGAAUAAUCCUUGUAGAAAUUGGAGUCAAGUACAUCAGGAGCUUGUAAGAAUGAAAGUUAUACAUUCUCAUUAAUACUAUCCAUCAGAAAGUCAUCAGGCGUCCUAUACAAAGUUAUCACCCAAGUUAAAUAUGCUUGGGAAGUUGGAGUUACGUAGAUCAGGAAGAGGAAACUGGAAAUCACCACUAACCAUCUGAAGGUUGUCCAGCAUCCAUCACCAUAACACUGAUCACUCACUGAGACGUCAAAUCUCCAAUGUUCUCCCUAUCUACACGCCUGUCUCUGGUAUUCCUCUCAACAGGUUUUACAUCUUGAGAGUGUACAAACCCUCUCAAUAUUUAUAUAUUUCUACUUCUACAUCACAUUCCCUUAACCUCAUUACCUGCAUGAGGGAAAUACUUAUCAUUGGUUUAAGGAAAAGUUAGAAAAUAGAAAAAAUUUUAAACAAACAUGACAUACAUAUAGCUUACAUAUUACAAUUAUAGUUACACAUAUAAAUGCAGAUUCUUACAUUUCUGAAUGUAACAGAAUAGAGAUUUGAAAAGUACUGAAUCAUGUCAUUUGAUAUUAUACUCAUACUGAACCAAUGAAUUCAAUAGUAAUGUAGUAGUGUUAAGAAUAAAGGUAUAUAGAAUUUUUUUUUUUUUUGAGAGGAAGGGAUGUGAUGUAUGUGAAGAACUUAGGAAACAAAACCAGUGAAAGGUACUGGGUUUGGUCAUUUUGAUAUAUCUGCUAUACUGAGAACUGAAUAAUGUUAGUGAAAGAAUAAGGUGAAUAAGCAUGGAUGUUAUUUGAGAGAAAGGGUAACUCUUGCACAGAAAUUAAGAAAGAAAGGUUAGAGGAAAUAACGUGAUGAGAAAUUAACUGUUUCUCUUGUCAUAUCUGUAGUAAAGGUAAAAUUAGUGAAACACUUGCACAUCAGCAGCCUUUCAAGAAGAGACAACGUUAAAGCAAAACAGUUAGUAACCAGUUAUAACUUCAUUCCUUAAAUUUCUUACUUUAGUACAAAGAAACCUGAGCUCACACUGAACACACACACACACACACUCCAGAUACAUACAUUUAAAUGCCACUAUGAACACUGUCAUUCAUUUCAUCAUGUAGAUAAAUAAGAAACUAGUUACCAAACACUAAUAUUCAAUAAAAGCCAAAACUUGAACACACCGGCAAACUGAAUCACUAAAGCGUUUUAUAUUCUCAUGAACUUUAUUCUCUCUUAAGGAGUUUUAAAGGCCAUUGAGAUCAUUUAGGUCCUUGUGGUUAUUUUUGUAAUAUUUUUUGUUAUUUUUUUAUGCAAAAAGGUCACUGGCAAAGGGGAACAAAAUAUCAGGAAAAAAAGGAUCAUUUAAUUGCCAGUUCCCGAAAGACUGCCUAACGGUCCAAUAUUCUUAUUAAAUUAUCUUUAGAGCCUCGGAAAUGAAUGGUGAUUCUUAUGUCAAAUUUGUAUACAUUAUUUAAAGCUAAAGUGGUUAUUCAUUUAAAAAUAUAAUUGAAUCAAUGUGUUAAUAACUAAGAAAAGAUAAUUAUGCUAAAGUUUCAUUCACCCUCACUCAUUUACUGGUAUUUUCCUUAUGUAUACUUAUUGUGAGGUUCUCCCACAAUAUACUACAUCAUAUUAUAAAAAAAAAUUCUAUAAUCAAAGACACUUCAUCAAACAACACUGUAUUCUGUAGAAUCUUGAAGAGAAAAGCUGAUUUCAACUCUCAUUUCUCUGUGAUCCUGAAGACUAGACAAAAAAGACAUGGGAAAAACAAAUGAUAAAUAACACAGAAACAUAACAAAGAAUCCACCGGACAACAUAUUGCUCUUCAUUACAUGUUUGGUUUGUUCACUCUUCUCAUUUCAAACACACACACAUAGACACACACACACACAAUUUGAUCAGAGAAAUUAUAUCUAGUGGACUAAAAUGAUUGACAAACUGGAAGUACUAGAAUUCUCAAAAGGCCCAUCCAUGUACAAGAGUAACAGGGACGAAUCUUUUCCCUGCCCUGAAGACCACAAACACUGAUAAUGAACUUCAUUCUACCCUUUACACAGAACAAACACCCUCUUGCACCUCUUUAAACCUGACACACCUGGUAUACACACACACACACACACACACACACACACACACACACACACACACACACACACACACACACACACACACACACACACACUCAUACA